UUUUAGUAUUGUUUAAGUUUAGCAACUUCUUGGAAACUGUAAAAAAGUAGCGAAUCCAUGGCAUUGGCCCCUUCGUUGUGUUUUUCUCAUCCCGUACGUACGUACGUGAUCAGUAGUAUAUAUACAAACAUCCAACCACCUGUGUGUUUUGUACUAGAAAUUUAAACAACAAAUUAAACAAACAACCUUUAAUUCAUUUCCUUUCAAUACGCAAGUUCAAUUCUUAUAUAUUCUCUUCGAUCAGUUUUCUAACUUUUGCUUAGAAAAAUUGAACAAUUCAAGACAAUGUAUAGAUUUCCAGCACGGAGCAAUCGCCCCCCUACUAGUACUGACCAUGAUAACAAGCCUCAGGAGUUGGUUGAUGAGGUGUUUUCUUGGUCUCUUGAUGACGUGCUCGAUCAGAAUUUGUACAAGGAAAAGGUAGCAGAGAUUCCGAAGACAUUUUCAUCUGUAACCGAGUAUAAAAGGUCAUUCAUUAAUCUGCUUUUUGAGGAGACACGUGCGGACUUGUGCUCAAAUAUACAAGGAAUUAGCCGUUGUCCUACUGCAGAGAUUGUUAAAGUGCAAAAGGCAAAAGGGUUUAAGCAUCCUAAAAAAUUGUUAUAUACCGUCAUUCUUUGUAAAUUUGAAGGAUCUUAUGAACCUCAGGGUGGAGAUCUUAUUGCUUUCACUGAUGUAAGGCCCAAAUCUAUUGAUGAUCUGAAGAGGCCAAACAAGCCUUACACCAUUGCUAUACUGAAGGGCACAAACAUAGAUAACUCACCAUCUAUGAUUGUUGUCUUAUCAUCAAGACCAUUCGAUCUUCUUGAAGACAAAAGCCAAAAAUCAAAACGCUUUGUUGUUUUUCUUACAAACUUAACAACAAAUAUUCGCAUCUCUGAAGCCCUUCAUUCAAAGAUAAAUGGAGACAAGAACAAGUUGAUCAAAACAUUGCUGGGGGUUAAUCCUAGUGUUGAAGAACCUUGUGCUUCAUGUUCUGUUGAUGAAACCAGAGACAUGAGUUUCCAGAAAAUAAAGGUAGAUGUCAAAAGUUUCCAGCUUGAUAGUUCACAAGAAUCAGCUGUUUUGAGUUGCAUUGCUGAAAGUGGCUGUCAACAUCGAAAUACAACAAAGUUAAUUUGGGGUCCUCCAGGGACAGGAAAGACUAAAACUACGGGCUCGUUAUUGUUUAUGUUGUUGGGAUUAAAAUGCAGAACCGUUACUUGUGCACCUACGAAUAUUGCAGUCUUAGGAGUCACUAAACGGCUUAUGAGCCUAGUAAGAGGCUCGUUGUCGCAUGAUACCUAUGGUUUAGGAGACAUACUUUUAUUUGGAAACAGGGAGAGAAUGGCAAUCGACGAUCACAAAGAUCUUUCACAUAUAUUCUUAAAUUUCCGUAUUGAGUGUCUUUCUGAGUGUUUAGCCCCCUGUUCAGGAUGGAAAGGUACCAGUGAGUGGAUGAUUCGUUUCCUUGAGGAUCCUGAGGAUCAGUACCGGUUGUACUUGGCUAAUCAAAGAGAUAAUGAUGAGAAAAAAGCAGAUGAAAAGUCAAAUGACUUGCGUAGAAAAAGAGCACUGAAAGAGAAAAACUGGAAGAACCUUGUGGUACAUGAGCAGCAUUCAAACAGAAAUCCAAACAAAGAAUCUUUUCAAGUAAAGAUCUUCACUUUUGAGCAGUUUGUCACAAAUGGAUUCAGGUCUCUAGGAAAUCACCUUAUAUCUUGUGUUGAAAACUUGUACACACAUAUGCCGACAUCUAUGAUUUCGGUAGAGGCAGCUAAACAAAUGAUUCUUCUAGUCCGUUCUCUUAGGCUUAUUGAGCAAUCACUCAAAGAAAUAGUUGCGGAAAAUGCAGGGUUAAGAGAGGCUUUAAGAGGAUUAAAUGAUGCCCGGAAAAAAGGAAUUCCUGAUUUACAUGCUUGCAGAAUGUCAAGUCUCAAAAUACUUAAAUACCUUAGAGGCACACUUCGCCUUCCAGAACUGACGGGACAUCAUGUACUUAAGUUUUUUUGUAUGGCGAAUGCUAUUUUGAUAUUUUGCACCGCAUCAAGCUCCAUAAAAUUGCGUACUAGCAAAGAGAAACCUUUGGAAUUUCUUGUGAUCGAUGAGGCUGCUCAGCUAAAGGAAUGUGAAUCUCUGAUACCUUUGCAGCUCGAAGGCAUUCGGCAUGCUAUCCUAGUUGGUGAUGAAAGACAACUCCCAGCCAUGGUUCAAAGCAAGAUGUGCCAGGAGGCUGAAUUUGGAAGGAGCUUGUUUGAGAGGCUUGUAUUACUAGGGCAUAAGAAACACCUUCUUAAUGUACAAUACCGGAUGCAUCCAACCAUAAGCCGAUUUCCAAAUAAGGAAUUCUAUAACAAUCAGAUCUUGGAUGGGGCAAAUGUCAAGAGCAGCAAUUAUGGAAAGCGUUUUCUUCAAGGAUCUAUGUAUGGCUCAUACUCGUUUAUAAAUGUAACAUCUGCAAAGGAAGAAUUUGAUAGGAACCAGAGCACGAAGAAUCUCAAGGAAGUGGCUGUUGCUACUGAAAUAAUUGCAAAACUUUUUAAAGAAGCUGUUACAAAGAGACGAAAGGUAAGUGUUGGUUGCAUAUCACCAUAUAAGGCUCAGGUAAAUGCAAUACAGGAACAAAUUGGCAAAACGUACAUGGGCCAUGAAAAGUACUUUAUUGUGAAUGUCCGGUCGGUUGAUGGCUUUCAAGGGAGUGAAGAAGAUGUAAUAAUUAUAUCCACAGUGAGAUGUAACGGGAAAGGGUCUAUUGGUUUUCUUUCAAAUCAUCAAAGAGCGAAUGUGGCUUUGACCCGAGCCAGAUACUGUCUUUGGAUUUUGGGGAAUGAACCAACUUUAGUGAAUAGUGGUUCUAUCUGGAAAAACCUAGUUGUUGAUGCCAAGAAUCGCGGAUGUUUCUACCAUGCUAGAAAAGACAAAACCAUGGCUCAGCCCGCCAUGGUCAAUAGGCUACCCAAACGAAAAUCAAAGUUGGCUAAAUCUGGCUCGGGUAGUAGCACAUCUAAUCAUGGCUCGGAAUUUGCUCAAGCCGCCACAGAAACCUUGGCUCAACCUACCAUUGAUGAUAGGCUACCCACACAAGGAUCAAACUUGGCUGAAUGUGACUAUAAUAGUAGCAUAUCUAAUGAUGGUUUGAACUUGGCUCAAGCUGCCACAAAUGAUUUUCGUCAACUUGAUAGCGUAUUCAAUACAGAGUCGUUACUGUUUAGCGAGGCCAGAUGGAAGGUAAAUUUCAGUGACACGUUCUUGGAGACAUUUGCAAGAUUCACCGAUCCCAAACUUCAAGAGGAAGUGGUUUCUCGUGUGGUUUUACUUUCAUUUGGUUGGCGCCAACCACAAAAGGACAUACUUUCAUUUGGUCGGCGCCAACCACAAAAUGACAUACUUUCAUUUGGUCAGCACCAACCACAAAAGGAAAUAAUUAGAACUAAAGUGGAGACCGAAGUAUUUCCAAGAAUCACAAACUUUGAGAUUUAUAAGCAAGUUGCUUCCCUUGUAGGUAAGAUUUGCAGCAUCUGGCAACAACCAGCAAAAGAUGAAAAUGCUAAAGUGAACAUAGAAGAAACAAAGUGCAAACAAAGUGAACCCAUUUACCGAAAAAACAUAGAAGACACAAAGUCUAAACAAAGUGAACCCUUUUACCAAAAAAACAUAGAAGAAAGAAGUCUAAUUCUAGAAACAUACGAAGUUACACAAGACUUGUCUUUGAUUUGGGCUGUAGACAUUGUGGUACAACGUUCACUUUGCAUCCAGGUGCUAAAAAUCUGGGAUAUAUUGCCUUCUUCUAAGAUCGGUGAACAGAAAAAGAUAUUAGUGGAAAAGGUUUAUGGGAAUUAUACUGAAAGUAUGAUGAGCCGCUGCAAAGAAAAAUGUAUCGAUGGGAAUCUUAGGCUUCCAAUUACAUAUGCCAUAAACUCGGACACUGAUUCAAGCUGGUCCGAGGUAAAUCAGUCAUUAAGCUCGACGAACCAGGAAUCAUCAGGACCAUCAUCAUUGUCAUGAUCAGUGUCAACGGUUUCAAAGGACGGGUGAGUUCAUGGACCAUGUUUUUUAUUAAGAGUUAUGCUGCAAUAUUUUGCAUAUAAAUACAAUUCUGUUUUCCUUAAUGUAUAGAGGGGCUGUGAAAGGAAAUGAACUAGGCAUGAUUUUGCUGAUAAAUUCCUACCUUAUUUGAUUUGAUUUGAUAAUGAUUGUAUUUUUAAAGAACUCA